GGUCGUAGGCUCCGUGAGGAAGUCAGUGAAUUUAUCUGUUUGUACUGUAAUUAUCUUCCACUGUUUGCUUAAUGCAGUUUUGUGUUUUCCUCAACUAUAUUAGGUCACUAUUGUAGGUUUUCCUUCAUUGCACUCCUCAUGAUUAAGAAACUUGGGUUUUUUUAUAGUUUAUUUUUUAAAGGACUUUAAAAAGUUUAUUUUUAAAAAAUCUUUAGGUCUACUUGUGAAUAAGUGUAUUGUGAUCAAAAAUGUGUCCUCAGUGUUGAUUAACCAUUAUUUUGUUUAGUUUUUAAUCCAUCCCAACAAUGACAAACUAUUACAAGUACCUUCCAAUGAAGAGUAUAAGACGGUCAAAAUUGGCUCUGAAAAAGAGACAAACUAGGCAAUAUCUCUUUGCUCUUUUACUUUUACUAGCACUAAUUUUCAUGUGUCUUUAUGAGUUUUAUUUCACUAUAAUGGAAAGAGCCAAAAAUGGAGAGGCAGAGGCUAAUAUAUUAGAAAGAAUAGUUUGUCAGGUAUUCAUGUUAAGUGUGUGUCCUAACAAAGAAGAUGGGUCAUCUACACAGCUCCGAAACAAAAUAGAACAAUUAAAUAAAGAACAAAAAAUUAGAAAUUUUAGUGAUCAAGAGCUAAAAGAACAAAGUACUGUUGUUGUAAUCCAGGUUCACAGGCAAAUUGAAUAUUUGAAAGAGCUCAUCUCUUCUCUCUCAGAUGUUCCUGAUGCAGAUUCAAUGUUUUUAAUAUUUAGUCAUGACUACUACAGUGAAGAUAUCAAUCAAUUGGUUCAUUCGAUUGAUUUUGCUCCAGUGCUGCAAGUAUUUUUUCCUUUCAGUUCUCAACUUUAUCCAAACGAAUUCCCUGGGAAUAGCCCAGAUGAUUGCCCUUGGAACCUGGAAGUUGCAGAGGCCAGGAGUCGGGAGUGUGAGGGAGCCCAGACUCCAGAUCAGAACGGCCACUUCCGUCAAGCUGAAGUCUCACAGAGCAAGCACCAUUGGUGGUGGAUGUACAAUAUGGUCUUUGAGAAAGUUCAUAUCCUUAAACAAUAUAAUGGGCCGGUUUUGUUCCUAGAAGAAGGCCAGUUUGUAGCGCCUGACACUGUACACAUGCUGCGACUGAUGACAGAGCUGGCGGCCGUGCAAUGUCCCGAAUGUAACAGCUUCCAUCUCCACAACCCACAUGGCUCACAGCUAUACAAGGUUGAAACCAACAAGGUGGAGAUUGCACCUUGGGACGGUGUAGGAUUUGCAUUUGGCCGUGGUCUGUGGCAAGCUCUCCGAGCGUGUGCGAACGUGUUCUGUACCUUGGAUGAUGCCAACUGGAGUGCCAGCUUCCUGUACGCAGCUCAGGAGUGCUUUUUCCAACGACUCACCACCCUUGUAAUCAGAGUGUCUCGUGUUUUAGAGCUGUGUGAAAGCAAGAGUGGAGCAUGUGACUUGCAGAUGGCUGUGCAUGAGGCCAAGACACAGUUGUCCUCUGUCAAGCCGUAUAUGUUCCCGGAGAAUGUGAUGCUAGAGUCUACUAACUACCACCAACCACAUGUGAGGAGGGGGUGGGGCGGCUGGUCCGACUCGAGAGACAUCCAACUAUGUCUCAAUCUCACUGUAUGGCCCACAUCAACAGUUUUAGCCAAGUAGAAACCAUUAUAACAGACUGUAUAUUCCUAGUUUUAAUAUGUUUAACUUUUGUUCCUGAAAAGUAUGUUUUACAGUCUAUACAAGUUUUUUAAAGAUUCUUACCAUUAUUGUACUUGUACAGUAUUUUUCCAGAUGAAACAUUUAUCGCCAUAACUUUCAAAACUAUUUUGUUUGAGGACUGGGAUUGUUAGUAAAUUCUUAUUGUAAGCUAAUUUAACUUAACUGUUCAUGUUUAAUUUUAUUAAUAAAAGUAUUUUUUU